ACUCAAAAUAUCUUCACAUGCCAGAACGUCCUCUCUUCCUCGCUGGCUCCAUAUCUGUCAGUGGAAUGAUCACCUCGUCGCUAUCUGUCACCAUCAACACACUCCACGAAUCCCGUGGAUGAUUCACUUCCUUAUAUCCGUUUGAAUCAGGUACCAAAGCAGUUACGUGCGUAAUGAAGCUUCGGACGUCACUGGUCACGUGACUUUUGCCAAACGAAGCAAGCCUCGACACAGUGCUUCUGAACCAGUGUGUUGUUUUUUUUCGACACACGCUCCGGAGCGUCAGCUUCAAGCGGGCCAUCACUACCUGUAACCACUCACUCCCCGUCGCUGGCCUGCUACUAUUCUCGGCGCUAUUCGCCUGCCUCCCUGCCCUACACUUCACAGUGAGUGUACACGAACUGGUUUAGCCUCACUCGGACCACUAAUCCCCUCCUAGCCUCGCCGUCAACCCAGACAAAUCAAACCCGGGUUUCUGAUCACCUGACCUUCCCAGCUGUCACAGAUCACCUGCGGAUCGUUUCGUCUGAAGCCUUCUCUCCAUCGAUUGCUGGAAUGAGAAGUGUCCACGGAGUAGACAUGGAGGAGGAUUUAGAAUGUUUCCUGUGGUCACGAGAGGUCUCAGAAGAGGACAUCACGCACACGCAACAAGACAAACCACGUUCCCACAUGUUCAAACACCGCAGAGCAAUAAACAGGAAACUGCUGAACAGCAGAACAUCAGCAGAGACAGAAAAUCACACAUCAACUGCCUGUAAAAGAGAGAAAUGGCCAGCAAAUACACUCGUCACAAUCCCCUGAGGAUUGUCCUGCUGGGAAAAACUGGAAGUGGGAAAAGCAGCUUGGCCAACACCAUAUUUGGAGAGACGGUGUUUGAGAUAGAUCAUACUGCAAACCCUGGAACAAGUCAGUGUAAGGAAAUUACCAGAGAUUUAAAUGGAACAUCUGUCUCUAUAAUUGACACUCCUGGUUUCUUUGACAAUCGCACGUCUGAAGAGGAGCUGAGAAAUGAGAUUACAAGGUGUGUCGUAGAGUGUUCUCCUGGACCUGACGCUUUUCUUAUUUUACUAAAAAAGGAUAAAUACACAGAUCAAGAGAUUGAGGUUAUUACCAAAAUCAUAGAGUCUUUUUCUGAAGAAGCUUUCAGAUAUGCUGUGCUUGUCUUCACUCGUGGUGAUGAUCUUCCUGAAAGAAUGCAGAUUGAAGAGUUUUGCAGGGGCAACAACCGUCUACUUGAGUUGUUAGAGAGAUGUGGUGGGCGCUGCCAUGUCUUUGAUAACAAAUACUGGAACAACAACCCACAGCAUGAAUACAGAAACAACCAGCUGCAGAGGGAAAAGCUGCUCAACACAAUGAAAGAGAUGGUGAGGAACAACGGUGAACAUUGUUACACAAAUGAGAUGCUGCAAGAAGUGGAGAGGCUAAUACAACAACAGCAAGAGAGCAUUAGAUCAUCAUCAGGAGACAUGUCAUGGGAAGAAAUCAGAGAGGAGGCAAAGAAGAGAGUCUACAAUAUUCUCAAGAUGGCUGCUGGUGUUACCACAGGGAUGCUGUUGGGAGCACUGCUUGGUGUGCCAAUAAUGAUUGCAAAAGUUCUCACAAUACUGAAGACUUUAACAAUGCCAGUAAGAAUACCAGCAAGCACUGUAGUGGCAGGAGUGGCAACACAAGGAAAACUUCCAAUAACUGGUGUUGGAUUGGGUACGGUUGCAGGCCUUGCUGCUACUGCAGGAGCAAUAGUUGGGGGUUAUGUAGGAUAUUGUAAAGCUGAUGAAGCAGAUUCAAUAAAGGAGGCAGUUAUGAACACAGCUGAGGCUCUUGGUGAACUAGCUGUAGAAGCAGGAAGAAGUCUCAUAAACCCUGAAACAGAACAUUUUAAUCGCUUUUAGAAAAAGAUUAGCACAUUUCUAACACACGUGUAAUGCUCUAAACUCAUUAUCAUCAUUUAUUAUCAUUUUAAAGUGUCACAUUACUAGGCAAAGUGUUUUACUAAUAUUUUGAUUAGAUUUCUUACCUUGUAUUUUCAUUUAUACAUUUCCUUUCAGCCAAUCAAAGUAUGGUCUGGUUUGAAUUGGUUUCAGUCUUCAGUUCCUGUACACAGUAAAUGUUACAUUUUUAUAUCUUUAAUUCAUAAAUAAAUGUUAUUUUUCCAUUAUUUAAAAAAGCAGGCCAAACCGCUAGGCCAUGCUUUUCAACUACAAACACUGGAGCAGGGAUAUGGAAUGACCUGCAGGUUUUAGAUGUGUCCUUGAGCCAUCACAGCUAAUUUAAAUAGCUAAUCUCCCACCUCAACAUUUCUUGAAGUUCCCCAGAGGCCUUGUAAUGAACUAA